CGCGUGCCCGGCCCGUCGGGGCGCGCCUGCGCAGCGCGGCAGGCAGUGGUGCUGCUGCCGCGGCCGCUCCGCCCGGAUCCCUCCGCCGCGAUGCGGAGGGCUCCGCGCCCCGCCCAGCGGCGCGUGUCGAGGGCUGCCGCGGCGGAGGGCCGCGGCCUGUGAGCGGGGCGGCGGGGGCUGCUCGGCCGCCUCCGGCGGGCCCGACAUGGCGGGGCGGCGGUGCGCGGGCGGCGCGGCCGCCUUGGCUGAGGCGCCGGGUUGCGGCGCGGCGGCGGAGCCGGCUCGGGAGCUCUUCGAGGCCUGCAGGAACGGGGACGUGGAGCGGGUCAAGCGGUUGGUGCGGCCUGAGAACGUGAACAGCCGGGACACGGCGGGCAGGAAGUCCAGCCCGCUGCACUUCGCCGCAGGUUUUGGUCGGAAGGAUGUAGUCGAAUAUUUACUUCAAAGUGGUGCCAAUGUCCAUGCACGAGAUGAUGGAGGCCUUAUUCCUCUUCACAACGCUUGCUCUUUUGGUCAUGCUGAAGUUGUCAAUCUUCUCUUGCGGCAUGGUGCAGAUCCUAAUGCUCGGGAUAAUUGGAAUUACACUCCCCUUCAUGAAGCUGCCAUUAAGGGCAAGACAGAUGUCUGCAUUGUACUGCUGCAGCAUGGCGCUGAACCAACCAUCCGGAACACAGAUGGAAGAACAGCUUUGGAUUUAGCAGACCCGUCUGCAAAAGCAGUGCUGACUGGUGAAUACAAGAAAGAUGAACUCUUAGAAAGUGCCAGGAGUGGAAAUGAAGAAAAGAUGAUGUCUCUUCUUACACCAUUAAAUGUUAACUGUCAUGCAAGUGAUGGCAGAAAGUCUACUCCUUUACAUUUAGCAGCUGGGUAUAACCGUGUAAAAAUAGUGCAGCUCUUACUGCAACAUGGGGCUGACGUACAUGCUAAGGAUAAAGGAGAUUUGGUGCCACUUCACAAUGCCUGUUCCUAUGGUCAUUAUGAAGUAACAGAGCUUCUAGUAAAGCAUGGAGCAUGCGUGAAUGCAAUGGAUCUGUGGCAAUUCACCCCUCUGCAUGAAGCGGCUUCUAAGAACAGGGUGGAAGUAUGUUCUCUUUUGUUAAGUUAUGGUGCUGACCCAACACUGUUGAACUGUCACAACAAAAGCACCAUUGAUUUGGCUCCAACACCCCAACUGAAAGAACGAUUAGCAUAUGAAUUCAAAGGUCACUCACUGCUACAGGCUGCAAGAGAAUCAGAUGUAGCUCGUAUAAAGAAACAUCUUUCUUUGGAGACAGUGAACUUCAAGCAUCCUCAAACACAUGAGACAGCAUUGCACUGUGCUGCUGCAUCUCCAUAUCCUAAGAGAAAACAAGUGUGUGAAUUGCUGCUGAGGAAAGGAGCCAACAUCAAUGAAAAAACAAAAGACUUCUUGACUCCUCUGCAUGUGGCAUCAGAAAAGGCUCAUAAUGAUGUUGUUGAAGUAGUUGUGAAACAUGAAGCCAAGGUUAAUGCGUUAGAUAAUCUUGGCCAGACCUCUCUUCAUAGAGCAGCACAUUGCGGUCAUCUUCAGACGUGCAGGUUGCUGCUGAGCUCUGGAUGUGAUCCUUCCAUUGUGUCUCUGCAGGGCUUUACAGCCUUGCAAAUGGGGACUGAAAGCGUGCAACAGCUACUACAAGAAGGUAUCCCAUUAGGUAAUUCCGAUGCAGAUCGACAGUUGCUGGAGGCUGCAAAGGCUGGAGAUGUGGAUACUGUAAAAAAACUAUGUACAGUUCAAAGUGUGAACUGCAGAGAUAUAGAAGGACGUCAGUCUACACCGCUUCAUUUUGCAGCUGGAUAUAACAGAGUAUCCGUUGUCGAGUAUCUUCUUCAGCAUGGAGCUGAUGUGCAUGCAAAAGAUAAGGGAGGACUUGUCCCUUUACAUAAUGCUUGCUCAUAUGGUCAUUAUGAAGUUGCAGAACUGCUGGUUAAACAUGGUGCAGUUGUCAAUGUAGCUGACUUGUGGAAAUUCACUCCCUUGCAUGAAGCUGCAGCAAAAGGAAAAUACGAGAUUUGCAAACUCCUGUUGCAGCAUGGAGCUGACCCUACAAAGAAAAACAGAGAUGGAAAUACUCCUCUAGACCUUGUUAAAGAUGGUGAUACUGAUAUUCAGGACCUACUUAGAGGAGAUGCAGCUCUACUAGAUGCUGCAAAGAAAGGUUGCUUGGCCCGAGUGAAAAAGCUGUGUUCACCUGACAAUGUCAACUGUCGGGACACGCAAGGACGGCAUUCAACACCACUACAUUUAGCAGCUGGUUACAACAAUUUGGAGGUUGCAGAGUACCUGUUACAGCAUGGAGCAGAUGUGAAUGCACAGGAUAAAGGAGGCUUGAUUCCUCUGCAUAAUGCAGCAUCUUAUGGGCAUGUUGAUGUAGCAGCUUUACUUAUAAAAUAUAACGCGUGUGUGAAUGCUACGGACAAAUGGGCGUUCACACCUCUGCAUGAAGCAGCCCAGAAAGGAAGGACACAGCUUUGUGCCUUGUUACUGGCACAUGGGGCUGAUCCUACUCUGAAAAACCAAGAAGGACAAACACCAUUGGACCUGGUCACUGCAGAUGAUGUCAGCGCAUUACUGACAGCGGCAAUGCCUCCUUCCGCCUUACCGACUUGCUACAAACCUCAGGUUAUAAGUGUGUCUCAGACUACAGGUUCUACAGCUGAUUCGCUGUCUUCUGUUCCAUCCAGUCCAUCCAGCCUGUCUGCUGCAAGUAGUCUUGACAACUUGUCUGGUAGUUUUUCUGAACUUCCUUCUGUUGUUGGUGCAAACAGCACAGAGGGAGCCACUGUUCUGGAGAAAAAAGAAGUUUCAGGUGUAGAUUUUAGCAUAAAUCAGUUUGUGCGGAACCUUGGCCUUGAGCAUCUAAUUGACAUAUUUGAGAGAGAACAGAUAACACUGGAUGUAUUGGUUGAAAUGGGACACAAAGAAUUGAAGGAAAUUGGAAUUAAUGCUUAUGGCCAUAGGCAUAAAAUCAUUAAAGGAGUUGAAAGACUCAUUUCUGGACAGCAAGGACUUAACCCAUACCUGACUCUGAAUACUUCUGGAAGCGGAACUAUUCUCAUAGAUCUUUCAACUGAAGAUAAAGAAUUUCAAUCAGUGGAAGAAGAGAUGCAGAGUACUGUCCGAGAGCAUAGAGAUGGAGGGCAUGCUGGCGGAGUCUUCAACAGAUACAACAUCUUAAAGAUUCAGAAAGUGUGCAACAAAAAACUAUGGGAAAGAUACACUCACAGGAGGAAAGAGGUCUCUGAAGAGAAUCAUAACCAUGCUAAUGAAAGGAUGCUGUUUCAUGGCUCCCCAUUUGUGAAUGCAAUUAUUCACAAAGGCUUUGAUGAGAGACAUGCCUAUAUAGGCGGUAUGUUUGGAGCUGGUAUUUAUUUUGCUGAAAAUUCUUCCAAAAGCAAUCAGUACGUGUAUGGAAUUGGAGGUGGCACUGGAUGUCCAAUUCACAAAGACAGAUCUUGUUAUGUUUGCCACAGGCAAUUGCUGUUUUGUCGUGUAACACUGGGCAAGUCUUUUCUGCAGUUCAGUGCUAUGAAGAUGGCUCAUUCUCCCCCAGGACAUCACUCAGUUACUGGGCGGCCCAGUGUAAAUGGAUUGGCAUUGGCAGAAUAUGUCAUUUACAGAGGGGAGCAGGCUUAUCCAGAAUACUUGAUUACUUAUCAGAUUAUGAAACCUGAAGCCACCACUGAAGCUUAAGACAAAUUACUUGUGGGGAAACCAUCAGACUUUGGAUGCGAAGAUACCAGUGGCUGCCAUCCUGUUAAUUACAACAAGUUGUUGAAAAACUUCCAUCCACAGGUGGUGUGGUAGCAAAUGUGAACAAAAUAUACCAUUUUUGACUUGAUAAAGCUUUAAUAAUGUACAGUAUGUUUUUCUAAAAUUUCAGACAUGUCCUCUUUUUCAGCACUUUAACAGAUACCAUUCCAGGCAUAAACUGGGGUUUGGCUGUACUAAAUUAUAAACAAAAAUUAACUUGAAACAAUGGUUUUAUACAAUACUGCAUUGAAAUUUAGCAGAAAUUGUAAUGCUCUAUACAGGAACUCAUUUUACUAAUAUUGUGUUCUUUAAAACACUGCAUUUACACUGAAAACGUUUUCAUUUGUAAAACUGUAAAUAAGAGCUUUUGUACUAGCCUGGUAUUUAUUUACAUUGCUCUGUAAUAUAAGUGUUUUAGAACUGCAACCUUGUACAAAAUGUUUUUUCCAGAUGUUGGUUUGUUCAUCUGUGUUUUCUCAUGCAUGAUAGAUUUGAAAAGCCGAUUUUUUUCAGGGUUUAUCACUUAUUUGUGAGGGAGAAAGCAAAUUUUAUCUGAAGAGGUUUAGAAAUAUUCAACUUUAGAUUGAAUAUGCAAAUUUUUGUUUUGUAUUUUUAUUUAUGAAAUAUACAUUCCUGAGAAUGAUGGGCUAUGAAAAUAGAAUAUUCCAGCUGAAUACUACAGUGUUUUUCCACCUACUUCCUAGAGUUGCAUAUUUUAUUUCUGUAAAAUGUCUUCUGAAGUUUUUUAUUUAACUAUAGGUAUAGUUAACCUGUAUCCUCACCUCAAGGCUAGUAGACCUUGCAAGUUACAGUUUUCGUAAAUUAUUUUCUUUGAAUGUAGUUGGGAAAUUAACCUCAAGGAGGUCUUUCUUGAGUUCCUCUUGCUUACAUUUAAGCCAGGAAGUUAAAUAGUUUAUUCCUAAUACGAGGGCAAACAACUUGGCCUUUUUUGUAUGCUUAUUUUGGUAAGUUAAUCUACCUGUUGGUGCCCUCAGGAUAUGAGUAUUGCGAGGUGGAAAUGUUAAAAACCAUCCUGUCAUCUCCUGUGUUUCUUCCAUGUUAACAUUCAAGCUGUAGUUGAAGCAGGUGCAUAGAAGCGUGUUUACCUGCAGUGCUUUUGGCUGAGUGGAACUGGUCAAGGUUCAAGGUUCUGCUCCUUGUGCUCAGCCGGCGAGGCGAGGAGUGCGUAAGCGGGAUGAGCAGCUCUUCCACCGCAGCAGCUGCCUUCGGUAGCCCUGAUAAGACGGCUUGGCUGGAGGAAGAGUACAAAAGGUACAACCCCCUGUUCAGGUCUCAUUCAGGGCUCCUGAAUGCACCGAUCAGUUCAGUCGGCUCUAUCGAUGCUCUCUUCUGUGUAUUCUGCUUCUCUUCCAUCUGCAGUUUUUACCUACAUAUUUCAAAAAUAUGUAAAUACAAAUUAUAGUUCAUUUGGGGUUAAAGUGGUUAGGAGUAUAUUUUAGUUGUUUUAUAUUUCUACAUACAGGACACUGUCCCAGAAGACAAUUGUUUGCAGGGCAUGUUAUCAUACCAUGGUUUUCAAUGUAGUAACUGGUCAAGAUAAUGAAAUUGUCUUGCUGAUGUGGUGGUUGUGAUUAUGCUCUAUGUAAAAAUGUAUUGAACCUUACCCAGUUAUGUGGGGAAUCUGAAUAAUAAGAUUGCAUAACUCUUGCAGAAAGUAAUAUUGGCUAUGAAUAAAAAAGGCUUUGAUUUUUAGGUACUUUCUCCCAGCAUGUUGCCUGUUCCUUAGGUAUAGUAAUGCUGGAAUUGGUGUUCAUGCAAAAUCUGUUAAGUAUGUUUAAAACUUUUGUUAUUGCUAAAAUGCUUCAUUCUCUAUGAAUGAUCACUUAAUGUCUUGUAAAAUAUUGUGGUAUGAUAGCAUUUUAAUUGGUACCACAAUGUUGGUUUUGUCUGUUUGGGGAUUUUUUGAGCUGGUUUGGUUUUUUGGGUUUUUUUUUUUUUGCAUGACAUACCUUGCACUCUGAAGAUGGAAGCUGUAAUGAUUUGAUAAUACUGACUAUUGAGGUGAACCUUUAAUCUCUUGUGCAAUUAGUUCUGCUUUACUCAUCUUGAAGUGUCUUUACAUGUACUGUAUAACAUUCCAUAUCCAUUUAACACUAAAUAAAUUUAAUUCACUGGU